UUCUGAAUCGCCAUUGUGCGAUACCGGUGGUCGAGAUGGUCUCGGCAGCAACCCGGGGCGACAAAAUUAACCUGAUGGAAAGGCCUGUUCUUUUGAGAAUCCGAGUUUAUCCAAAAGAAAAAAAAGUUAUCGGCCUGGAUCUAGCCCCACAAUUUCCCUUCUUUAGUCACGUGUGGCAGUGACGGGCACCAGCCACAUGUUUGCGCCUGAGGCAGAAUACAAAGGCGGUGACGCCUACUAAGAGCAUGCAUGUGACGUGUGGUUGGGUGGGAAAGAGUCAGAACAAUAACCUUGCCAUAAUCAAUAAUUCAGCUCUAAUUUUAGUCCUUUGUCGUUAAUAGCAGUUACCUUCGUACGCAUUUCAGCGCCUCAAAUACCUCAAAUUUUAUUUAGUUUCGGUGAUGUUCUUAUUGCAGCUUCCAUGGCGUCCACGGGUCCUCGCAAGAGAGUAAAACCUAGCCCUCAAUCGCCUGAGAUCUCCUCCCCGAACGGCGAACGGUCCAAUUCGAGAGGGAGCCUAUGGUAUCCAAGCGUCUGGCCGUCAAAAGCGGCCCCUGUUACCGAGGUUGCCCGUGAGAGCAUUUCGAUGGCCAAGCCCAACCCAUCCAACGCCGCGUCUGUAUCUACACCUCAACUUGACACUCCAAAACAACAACGACAUCCUUCUCUUCAGCUUACAAAACGAGUGGGCGGGUCGGCCAGAUCCCUCCCCGCCAACGCUACAACGACCCGCAUCAACAUUGCUUCAGAUGGUUCCACAUCGGCCCCCGCAGAGAACCACGAACCGGACCGUGCUUCGCCAGGGAAAACAACUGAUAAGGAGGCAUCAAAUGAUAAUAGCGGGAUAGAUACAGUUGGCUCAGAGGAAUCUCAGUCGGAUGCAACUGGCCAGCCUGCGAACUCAGACAACGCGGUCCCGGCUGUAAGUCAACCUAGUGGAUGGCUUUCAUGGGUAUACACACCGUUCGCAAGCGAUAAACCUACUCCAAGUGAACCUACCCCAGAGCAAACACCGAAACAGGCGCCAGGGCUUGAAUAUUCAACUGUAGAACAACCUUUACAAGAAACGACACGAGACCCUAGCGCAAACGACCCAAAUAAUUCGCCGGAGGUUACGGAAGUCGCGCCCGCGUCGCAAAAGCGCUCUUGGCUUCAGAUGUGGUACGGAUCAUCCCCAUCCAAAGGGGCCGACAAGCCUAAGGAUGAGCCAUCCGUGAACACAGUAGAACAGAAUCCUCCUACUCCAACCGCAUCACCUUGUCCACAAGAAGAACAAGAUAAUAGAAAAACAGACAGUGGCUCAGCUACUCCGACUAGUACGGGAAACAGGGCGUCUGCCUGGUCUUUCUUCUUCAGAGAUUCCGCCAAAGACACCAUACAGGGAAAACCGCAAGAGGCCCAAGCAGCCGAAGCCACUAUAAGUCGGGAUGUGCCUCCAGAACAAGUGGCGAGUGGCCCGGAGACUGAAACCGGACAAAAGCCACAAAUAAUCAACAAAGGAAGCGUUAAAAUCAAAGCUCCCCCUAGUGAUCUGUCGGGACCAGACACUGCUGUAUCACAGCUACCAAAUACUUCAGAGGCCCCGGUUCCGAUUCCGGUUGCUCCUGAGGCCUCUAAACAGCUGCAGAAGAUUAUACCAAACCAAGUUCUCCCGCAUUUUAAAGAUACAUUUGCUUUCCAGGAUAGACCGACAUUGCUCCAAUCGAUCGGUCGAUUCCUCCACUAUAACAAGGAGGCCAAUAACCAACACGUCUAUAAGGUCCCUCAUCCCCCGCGCAUUAAAAGGGCUUUGGCAAUAGGGAUCCAUGGUUACUUCCCUGCCCCUUUGAUACGAAGUGUCCUUGGUCAGCCGACUGGAACAUCUGUUAGGUUUUCCAACAUGGCCGCUGAAGCUAUACGCAAAUAUACGGAAGACAACGGAUACACUUGCGAGAUUGAGAAAAUCGCCCUAGAAGGCGAAGGGCGCAUCGCCGAACGAGUGGAUCUGCUUUGGAAACUACUUCUCAACUGGAUGGAGGAAAUAAGGCGCGCUGAUUUCAUUCUGGUUGCGUGCCAUAGUCAAGGGGUUCCGGUUGGAAUCAUGCUGGUUGCUAAACUUAUAGCGUUCGGUUGUGUCAACGCCAAUCGAGUUGGAAUCUGUGCUAUGGCUGGCGUAAAUCUUGGACCGUUUACAGACUACAGGUCUAGAUGGAUCAGCGGCUCUGCUGGAGAACUAUUCGAGUUUGCUUUGCCGUACAGCCAAGUCUCCAAGGGCUACGAGUCCGCUUUAAGGACAUGUAUAGACUUCGGAGUACGAAUCUCCUAUGUUGGGAGUAUCGAUGAUCAGCUCGUCUCGUUAGAGUCGUCCCUAUUCUCCCCUGUGUCCCACCCAUACAUAUACCGAGCCGUCUUCGUCGACGGCAGGGUUCACGCCCCAAGUUUUGUUUCACACUUGGUUGGAUUCGCCCUCAAACUCCGCAACCUCGGCGUCUCAGACCACGGUCUCAUCCGCGAACUCAGCUCUCCACUUGCAGGUAGUCUCUACACAGGAGAAGGCCACUCCCGACUUUACGAUGACGACGCCGUAUAUCGACUCGCAAUCGAAUUCGCCCUCGAAACAUCCCCUGUCUCAUCCGCACCCCUUAACAUAAAACGGAGUCACCCACCUCCUGCAACAAACCCAUAUAUUCUCCCAUUUGCUAUGCGUGGUCUCCUCGAAGAAGAAUAUGUGCGACACGAAUUAUACAACGAAACUAUGGAACUUUUGAAGCAGUUCGAUGACUGGAAGCCCACGAGCAAAGUCCUAAAAGAUGUCAAGUUCCGCUUAGAAGGCAUACGCUCUAAACUUUGACUGAAAUCAUAUACUUUGGGAAAGUUGAUGUUUUGCUGGGUUGUAUCCAAUUUUUUAUCAUGAAUAUAUAAACUAAUAGAGUAUGAAAUACGUUAUCUUCUAAAGUGAGGGAGCAGAACUUUGAAUAUCAAUAUAAGCAAAAACCGAUAGAUCUACGCAUGACCCGCUUAUGUACACUCCGGAUGGAUGCAAAUCAAUGUAAACCAACUCAGUAGUGGGGUAUAUGACAACCAAGAAAAUAGGUAUUAAUAUAUAAUAGCUUCGAUCAUUACUAGCCUAGCCCCAUUUGCGAGGUCUCAAUAU